CCUCUUUUUGCGGAAGUCUCUAUUUUCUCCCUCCCCGCUCCCUUCAGCCCCGUCUCUUUUUUGCAGAAGUUUGUUUUCCCUCACCCCUCCCUCUGUUCCUCUUUUUGCGGAAGCAACUUUUUCUACCUCCUUCUCGUCUACAGAAGUGUCUGUUCUCUCUCCGUCACUCUGUCGGUAGCUUUCGCGUCGACUGGCCAGAGUCCGCGAGCUGUUCUCUCCAUUCAUCUCUCCUUCCGUAUCAUCCCUCCAUCUCAGGGAACUAAAGAGGCCUCUCAUUGGCUCAUCUCACUUUCUGGUUCUGCAUUGUCCCGAUUUGGUUAUGGCUUACCACAGCUUCUUGCUCGAGCCAAUCAGCUGCCACUCCUGGAACAAGGACCGGACCCAGAUUGCUCUGUGUCCCAACAACCAUGAUGUCCACAUCUAUAAGAAGGACGGGACCAAGUGGAUCAAGAUUCAUGAACUGAAGGAGCACAACGGACAGGUCACAGGUAUAGACUGGGCUCCAGAGAGUAACCGUAUCGUGACCUGUGGGACGGAUCGUAACGCGUAUGUCUGGUCUCUGAAGGGGGAGGUGUGGAAGCCCACCCUGGUCAUCCUCCGUAUCAACCGGGCUGCUCGCUGUGUCAGCUGGUCUCCCAAGGAGAACAAGUUCGCUGUGGGCAGCGGGUCACGCCUCAUAUCCAUCUGCUACUUUGAACAGGAGAAUGACUGGUGGGUCUGUAAGCACAUCAAGAAGCCGAUCCGUUCCACCGUCCUCAGUCUGGACUGGCAUCCUAACAACGUGCUGCUGGCGGCUGGAUCCUGUGACUUCAAAUGCAGGGUGUUCUCGGCCUACAUCAAGGAGGUAGAGGAGAAGCCCGGACCCACAGUGUGGGGGUCUAAGAUGCCCUUUGGAGAGGUGCUGUUUGAGUCCGGGCCCUCAGGGGUGUCUGGGGGGGCUGGAGAUGGGGCAGGAGGGGGAUGGGUCCACGGGGUCUGUUUCUCCCACAGUGGGAACCGCCUUGCCUGGACGUCACAUGACUCGACUGUGGCGAUCGCAGAGGGAGGCAAGACCAGCACGAUCAGCAGUCUGAGCUCUGAGACCCUUCCUCUGCUGUGUGUCAGCUUUAUCACUGAGAACAGCCUGGUGGCCGCUGGUCAUGACUGCUACCCGGUACUGUUUGUGUAUGACGGUACUAAGGGCUCAGUAACGUUCGGGGGGAAGCUGGACGUUCCCAAGCAGACGUCUCAGAGAGGGAUCAGCGCCAGGGAACGCUUCCAGAACCUGGACCGCCGAGCCACCUCGUCUGAGACCACCGAGCAGGGCCUGGAGAGUCUGCACAAGAACAGCAUCAGUCAGAUCUCUGUGCUGGAGGGAGGGAAGAGUAAAUGUUCCACGUUCUGUACCACUGGGAUGGACGGAGGAAUGGUCACAUGGGACGUCAAGAGUCUGGAGUCUGCCCUGAAGGAUCUCAAGAUAGUCUGAUACCAGCCGACCAGCCGACCAGCCGGGAUAUGAAGAAAUCUCACCUCUUUGCCUUUCUGCUUCUCUGCGUCUGUCUGUCUCAGCUGCUGCUGGAGACAUCUCCUUUCUGUCUGUCUCUGUUGAGCAUCUGCUCGAAGCACGGCAGCCAUGAGAACGACGUCUGCAUUCCACAUGGCACCCUGUUCUUUUUAUAUAGGUAGACCAGGACCCAUAGGACACCAUUUGAGACACAUCUUGUUUGUUUUGUGCUAUCUUCUUAUCAUCUUUGUUUUAGAAUCCAGAAUCCAGGAAAUGCUUUGUGAGCGACGGUGUUCUGUUCUGUCAGGUGUUCUGUUCUGUCAGGUGUUCUGUCAGGUGUUCUGUUCUGUCAGGUGUUCUGUUCUGUCAGGUGUUCUGUUCUGUUCUGUCAGGUGUUCUGUUCUGUCAGGUGUUCUGUUCCGUCAGGUGUUCUGUUCCGUCAGGUGUUCUGUUCUGUCAGGUGUUCUGUUCUGUCAGGUGUUCUGUUCCGUCAGGUGUUCUGUUCUGUCAGGUGUUCUGUUCUGUCAGGUGUUCUGUUCUGUCAGGUGUUCCGUCAGGUGUUCUGUUCUGUCAGGUGUUCUGUUCUGUCAGGUGUUCCGUCAGGUGUUCUGUUCCGUCAGGUGUUCUGUUCUGUCAGGUGUUCUGUUCCGUCAGGUGUUCUGUUCUGUCAGGUGUUCUGUUCCGUCAGGUGUUCUGUUCUGUCAGGUGUUCUGUCAGGUGUUCUGUUCUGUCAGGUGUUCUGUUCUGUCAGGUGUUCUGUUCCGUCAGGUGUUCUGUUCCGUCAGGUGUUCUGUUCCGUCAGGUGUUCUGUUCUGUCAGGUGUUCUGUUCUGUCAGGUGUUCUAUACUGAUAGUUGUACCUGGACAUACAGCUGUGUUCUUAAGAUUCACUUUGGCUUCUGGAAUCAGUUUACUUGGAUUUUAGUUUUGAUGUUCACACAUUAAUUUGUUGGAUUUACAGCACAGGACCAAGAAAAAAUUAUAUCUAAACUUGAGAUUUUUCACUUCAAAUAAAAAAAUUAAAAGUAAAAAUAAAAUUGAAUGGACUAAUAACCCUUAGAUGACAGGUUUUGAUACUGACAGGUUUUGAUACUGCAGUCAGUGCAGUAAGUGCAGUCGAUGGUAUUUUGGACGUAGUAAUUUCAGAAUAACUGCAGUUAGACUGCUCUCUGACCGCAAUCUUUUUUUCGUAACGGGAAAUGAUUCUGAAUUGUAAUUAAUUUGGUUGGAGGCAGGUGAUUAGUUUACUGUGUUGAUGUAUUAUAUCUGUGGUAAGUUGCAGGUGCCUACAGGGUAAAAUAAAAAAUAAAAAAAGCCAUUCAGCCAGUUUUGAAAAGUGGAAACAGGACAUUCUGCUCCGAUGAACUCCGUUAUCAAGUGUCGAUAUAUUAGAGCGCAACUGUUCGCUAAAGGACUUAUUAUAGUAGGACGCGUCAGAGUGGAAGGCUACAGCAGGUAUAUAAUCAUGAAGAAAGCCAAGCAGCGGUACCUGUUAAAUGCUUAUGCUGGUCAUAAUAUGCAUUUUAAUAAAUGAUUUACUAUCAUAGA